CGACGAUCGCAAAGUGGUUUUGGGAGUUUUGAGCCCGAUUUGAAACGAAGGCGAGGCCAUUUCUUCUUCCUCGUCCCCCCGUGAGGACGAAGCCGUUUGGACUCUACCGGUUUACCGCAAGAAGGUGGGCUUGCCCGGAGUUUGAAUUGACACGCGAGACUCAACCAGAAAGUAAUUUUUUGAAAGGCUCGAAGGGUUGAUUAUCCACAGCCGGGAUCGAUUUUAUCCUCAUCUCACAGGAGAGGGUCUAACAGAGAGGAUGUAUCGAAACUUUGGGAACGAGGGACGAGGCAACCCGACGUACACUGGCUCUGAGUCCAACACUGGAUCCCUGGGAGGCAGCAGCACCUCCACCACUCAGGAGCAGAAGUUUGUCUUGACAAGCAGCGGUCAGUUCGUCCCAAGCCUCAAUGCCAUCACAACCAGCCAGGACCUCCAGUGGCUGGUCCAGCCCUCACUCAUGCAUCCACCGGGCCCUUCAAGAUCACCAGUGCCUCCUUACCCAACCCUGUCAGGGGCACGGCCCCUGGGUCCAGCACCUUCCCAUUCCCACCUUCUCAGGCCGGGGGUCAUUAGAGCUGCUGCCAACCCUAUGGCUUCGACGAGGCGCAGGACCGAUGAACAUUUAUCCCAGGAAGAGUUGGACAGACGCAGAGUAAGAAGGGAGCGGAAUAAACUGGCUGCAGCAAAAUGUCGUAAUCGCCGAAGGGAGCUCACGGACUCGCUGCAAUAUGAGACUGACCAGCUGGAAGAUGAAAAGUCCCUUUUACAGAAGGAAAUAGCUGAGUUACAAAAGCAGAAAGAAAAGCUUGAGCUGGUUCUGGAAGCUCAUCGUCCCAUCUGUAAGAUAGACUCUGAUUCAGAUUCUGACCCGGGUCCAUCAACUUCUGCUUUGGCAGGCAUCAAAAUAGAGCCAAAAGACUUCAGCAGACCUGCAAUUCAAUUUUCAAUGAAGACGGAGAAACCCAAACCAAAGAUAACCAUCCCCACCAAGCCUGUCGCAUCAUCUGCCUCUGCUGUUGUCACUGAAUCCGAAUCCCUCCACACCCCGGUCCUCACAUCAACUCCCUCACUAACUCCGUUCACAGCCGCUAUGGUCUUCACCUAUCCCUCUGGCUCCACGGACACCAACGCCUCCAUCGCAUCCCAUGCUGCAUCACUUCAAGGAAAUGUCCAUCAGCCUCAUGCCCGGCAGCCCUGUGGGGUAGCUCAUCGACGCAGCAGCAGCAGCGGCGACCAAUCGGACCACUCUCUGCACUCCCCGACCAUCCUCACACUGUAAUUGGCAACACCGUGAUCCCGACAAAACACUAGUGUGUGUGUGUUUGUGUGUGUGUGUGUGUCACAAGAAGGAUCUCUGGGGAACCUGACACAAAUGAAAAUGAUGAUUAUGAUAACCAACUUAGUACAUCUGCUUCAUUUCAUCUCUUUAGAAAGUUGACUCUAUACUUCGAUAACAUGCAAUUUAGCGGCAUUAACAGGAUAUGAAUGUUACACUCUUUUUU